UGGGAAUGUGUUUUGUGUUAUUUUGUUUGAGCAGGUUUUUUGUGAUGAUAGAUCUUGAGAAGAUCUUUCCGACGCAACGAGAAUCGCUUCAAUCGGAGCAAGAACGCGAAAGCUAUGAAGAUUCAAAGUUCAUGAGCUUGCGUUACAAUUGCGGCGGUUACAAAGCAAUCACUUCCAAGAUGAUCUACAGGCACAAGUAUGGACCUGAAGGGGAGCUGACCCGCUACAAGUCUAGGCUUGUGGCACGGGGGUUUCAGCAGACAAAGGGGAAGGACUAUGAUGAGGUGUUUGCUCCUGUGGGGAAAGGAACAACACUGAGGGUGCUGUUGGCGAUAGCUGCACUCCUGGGAUGGAAGAUUCGGCAGAUGGACAUUGUGACUGCCUUUCUGAAUGGGAUCAUUCUGGAGGAGGUGUACAUGAAGCAGCCAGAGGGGCUGGAUGAUGGGAGCGGCAGGGUCUGCAGGCUGAAGAAGGCCAUCUAUGGCCUUAAGCAGGCGCCUCGUGCAUGGUAUCACAAGUUGGAGGAGGCGCUGCUGGCUGGGGGUUUCAAGAAGAAUUCUUGAACUUUGAUUGAACCUUUGAGAUUGAGUUAAGU